AGUACUCUGGGAGCCUGCGGUACGAUACCGCGGCGGGGCAGGAGCUCAGGUAAUUGGCCAGCCACCAACGCAUUAGAGUAAUGCGGGGUUCUUCUUUUCGACGCUUGGCGUCGACGCUGUCGGUGGAAAUGCGCGGGGCGCCCGUGCGCGGCCCGGUCCUGACCGACGGGGUCGGCGUCGUGGAGCGGGGCGGGCACGGCUUCAACGCCGGCGACCUCGUCCACGCGCGCGGCCUCCGCGGGACCUGGGCCGACCGCGCGCCCCUCGAGGCCGACGCGACGCGCGUCGUCAAGCUGCCGCCGGCGACGCCGGUCGCGCGCGCGGCGGCGUCGUUCGCGGCGGCCGCGACGGCGUACGGCCUGCUGCGCGACGUCGACGCGGGCGACGUCGUCAUCCACCUCGGCGCCGAGGGCGCCGUCGGCCAGUGCGUCGCGCAGAUCUGCGGCGCGCGCGGCGCGAAGGCGCUCGGCCUCGUCUCGGGCGACGUCCUCGACCCCGGGGACGCCGUCGACGUGCUCAAGAACCUGGGCGCGGUCGCGGCGGCGCCGGCGCGGUUCGCGCGCGACCCGGCGUGCCGCGCGCUCGUCGCCGACCUCCGCGAGGCGGCGCCGAGCGACACGGCGACGCUGCUCGUCGACUGCGAAAGGAUCGACGUCGCCGCCGUCAACGAAGUGCUGCGCGCGGCCGCACGCGGCGCCGGCGCGGGCCGCGCGGCGAUGGCGAGCGCCGACGCGCGCGACGUCCGCGACGCCAAGCUCCUCCGGACGUGCGCGGCGCUCUGCGGCGCCGAAGCGACCGUCCACGCGCACGGCGCCGCGCCCGAGCAGCUCCUGGUCGGCGGGGCCCGCGCGUUCCACCUGGACCAGUUCCUCGACGGCGCCUCGGGCGAAAUGGCCGCGGUCGUCGCCGCGGUCGCGAAGGCGGACGCGACCGUCUUCUCGGAAGCCCACUCCGACGCGACGCUGCCGCACGCGCUCCACGGCCUCGACGGCACCGUCGCCAAGCACGCGUACCGCCAGCCCGUCUGGCUGGCGGACGCCCCCUGACUCCCUCCCUUUCGCGAGUCGCGACUCGCGAGAGCCUGAGGAGGUAAAUAUGCCUCGUCCACAAUUCACAGAUCUCCUUCCAGAUGAGUCGUGCCGCUUCCUUCUUCACUUUCACCACGGUGAGCCUAGAUGCGGCGACUCGGGCUAGCCCCACCACGCCCGACGACGGCUGCCCCGGGGGCCGGCCUAUGGUCUAGGUUCCCACGACCAGAGCGGAA